CUGUAAACAUCCAACCAACUAUUCACCACAGCGCAGUCUUGGAACAGACUUAGACAGUCCUUACUACGAGCUGGGGAGACUUUCAGAUCGUAACGGAACAAACCUCGAUCUGUGCACAUCUCAAAAACAACCGCCAUCAUGGAGUCUUCUCGUGGCCCUCCCCGGGUGAAAAACAAAGCCCCUUCCGCAAUCCAGAUAUCCGCUGAACAGCUUCUCCGAGAAGCUGUAGAUAGACAGGAGCCAAAAAAUGAUGCACCUACUCAGCGCUUUGCUGAUCUUGAAGAGCUUCAUGAGUUCCAGGGCAGGAAGCGGAAGGAGUUCGAGGACUAUGUGCGGAGGAACAGGAUCAACAUGAACAAUUGGAUGCGAUAUGCGCAAUGGGAGCUGGAACAAAAAGAAUUCAAGCGUGCGAGAUCGAUCUUCGAGCGAGCUUUGGAUGUGGAUGCGACGUCUGUAACAUUAUGGAUCAGGUACAUUGAGGCGGAGAUGAAGACGAGGAAUAUUCAGCAUGCUCGAAAUUUAUUGGAUCGCGCUGUUACUAUCCUACCUCGUGUCGAUAAGCUAUGGUACAAGUAUGCCUACAUGGAGGAAAUGCUAGGAAAUAUCCCUGGUACCAGACAAGUCUUCGAGCGGUGGAUGUCCUGGGAACCAGAUGAGGCUGCCUGGAGCAGUUACAUCAAGCUAGAGAAGAGAUAUGGCGAGUUCCAGAGGGCACGAGAGAUCUUCCAGAGGUUUACAAUGGUGCAUCCGGAGCCUAGGAAUUGGAUUAAGUGGGCUAGAUUUGAGGAGGAAUAUGGCACGAGCGAUCUGGUGAGAGAAGUCUUCGGGUCUGCUGUUGAGGCAUUGGGCGAUGACUUCAUGGAUGAGAGACUUUUCAUCGCAUAUGCUCGAUACGAAGCCAAAUUAAAGGAGUACGAGCGGGCCAGAGCGAUUUACAAGUAUGCCUUAGAUCGUCUUGCGCGAUCCAAGUCUAUCGCUCUUCACAAAGCAUAUACGACUUUUGAGAAGCAAUUCGGUGAUCGUGAAGGAGUUGAGGAUGUCAUUCUGUCCAAAAGAAGGGUCCAGUAUGAGGAGCAAGUCAAGGAGAACCCCAAGAACUACGAUGCAUGGUUCGACUAUGCAAGAUUAGAGGAGACAGGAGGUGAUGUGGAUCGCAUACGAGAUGUCUACGAGAGAGCCAUCGCCCAAAUCCCUCCCACGCAAGAAAAGCGUCACUGGAGACGAUACAUCUACUUGUGGAUCUUCUACGCCGUCUGGGAGGAGAUGGAGUCCAAGGACACAGAAAGAGCUCGACAGAUCUAUCAAGAGUGCUUAAAAUUGAUACCCCACAAGAAGUUCACAUUCGCCAAGAUCUGGCUGAUGAAAGCUCAGUUCGAGAUCCGUCAGCAGAAUCUUUCUGCCGCAAGAAAGACUCUCGGCCAAGCUAUUGGAAUGUGCCCCAAAGACAGGCUAUUCAAAGGCUACGUCGAGCUGGAGCUGAAGCUUUUUGAGUUCACUCGCUGCCGAACCCUCUAUGAGAAGCACAUCGAGUGGAACCCAGCAAAUUGCCAAGCCUGGAUCAAAUUCUCUGAGCUCGAACGUGGUCUCGAUGAUCUCGAGCGAACACGCGCCAUCUUUGAACUCGCCAUCGACCAACCAGUUCUCGACAUGCCCGAGCUCCUCUGGAAGGCUUACAUCGAUUUCGAGGAGGAAGAGGGCGAAUAUGAGCGUACUCGGAAAUUGUACGAGCGUCUGCUUGACAAGACGGACCAUGUCAAGGUCUGGAUCAGUUACGCUCACUUCGAGAUCAAUGUUCCGGAUGACGAGGAAGAGGAGGCCGAGGACGAGGAAGAGAAGCCUGUUAGCGAGGCGGCAAAGGUGCGCGCCAGGAAGGUGUUUGAGCGUGCAUUGAAGAGCAUGAGAGACAAGGAUCUCAAAGACGAGCGCGUUUCUCUCCUCAAUGCCUGGCUCUCAUUCGAGCGCACUCAUGGCUCGGAAGAAGAUAUCGAGAAGGUGCAGAAACAGAUGCCGCGCAAGACCAAGCGCCGCCGCAAGCUGGACGACGACAGCUACGAGGAGUACAUCGACUAUGUGUUCCCAGCCGACGAUGUGCAGACGGCGAAGCUGUCGAAUCUCUUGGCUAUGUCGCAGGCUUGGAAGCAGGCUGGUGGAGGACUUACAGGAAAUGGUGCGGGUGGUGGAGAGUAAGAUUAUGAUUGUGAGCGCGAUGAGCUCUUAGGGACCGGAUAGGAUGGGAGGAUGUGUAUUUGUGUAAAUUGAGAAUUUAUGGCACUUGGUACUCUGUGCUUGGUGCCCUUCCUGUGUAUGUCGACGUAACCUCUGCUUGAUCAUGAUCGUCACUAGGAGUCCUCGGAUUGCCUGCAAGCCAGCCUGAGCUGACGGCGGACAUGCAAGUGAAAGCGAUGUCAUCCGACGCGACCACGACUCUCAACGCUCGUAGCACUCACUCACAUCCUAGUAAUUACGCUCUUGUACCUCGAGUAUUAUCUACUAGGUUGAAGACAACCGGUGGAGUUUGCAUGAAUCUCACAGCUUGUUUUCACAGCUAGUUCUUAUUAUCACUUUGCUUCAAUUGAGUGUAUGCAUCAACAAAGC